AUGAAGACCUUCUGCCCUACUACACAGUUUAAGAAUGAAAUAGUGAAGGCUGGACUAGUUAUCAACAACAAAUUCGUCCCAAGCCAGAACUCCUCGACUCUGGAUAUCCACAAUCCGUACUCGGCGAAGUUCAGUACAGGCCCAACACACUUCUAUAACAUCCUUCGCAGCAGUCACUCAUCCAAUGCAAAGACCCUGAACAACAAUCCAGGCAGGAUUUGUUUCAUGUAUCAUGCUGUGCUCGCUUCGGGGUUUUGGGCGAUCGAUGUCGCAGAUGCGCACCCGGACGCUGCAGUCAUCGGAAGAACUUACCAGAGGCCAAUUCACCCGGAUUAUGUAUUUCCAAAUCGCCGGCUCGAGAUUGCGGAUGCCGAUGAGGAAUGGAUGUUUCCGUAG